UCGCAUUCGUGUGAAAGAAAAAUUUGUUCAUGAGAAAUUGUUUAGUCUUUCAUCAGGAGGGAGUGGUUUCACACUUUGUUUUAUUUUGCGGUUAAGCGGUUGUUGCUCCUUCAGUUCAUUAGUUCAAAAAUCACCUCUCGAACAUGCUACUUUAAUUACUGGAACGUGACUGAACUAAUGUAUUUUUAACUAUGGGAAAGAGACUGACUUCUGAUAACUGUCCCUAAAAUCCAACCAGCCUUACAAGAAACCUCUUAACAUGGAUCGUAAAUCAGUGGACUUUGAAGCUGGACGUUCAAAAGAUGCAAGUUCAGAUUCGCUGGUCUCUGAUUCUAAGUCUAGUUCCCUGAAUUCAAAAUUGGGACAAGAAUCGGCCAGUUCUGGUAAAGUCUCUUAUACUUCAGCCAGCACAGCAUCAAUUGGAAACAUGAUGCCUCCAACUGAUAAUAAACUACGACCCAAACAGCAGCAGCCGAGUAUUGUUGAGCCAGGCCAAUCAACUAGUAGACCUGAUGACCCUCCUCUCCUUCCUGGAGAGAAAGUUAUGGGAGUAGCUAGGGAAGUUACAUACCUCUGUCCAUACAGUGGUCCUGCUCGAGGUGUGUUGUCCGUCACAAACUACAAAUUGCACUUCCGCAGUAUGGACAGGGAUACACCAUAUGUGGUGGAAGUUCCACUUGGAGUUGUAAGCAGAGUUGAGAAAGUGGGAGGUCAGUCAAGCCGAGGAGAAAAUUCAUAUGGAAUAGAACUAUUUUGCAAGGACAUGAGGAAUUUAAGGUUUGGUCAUAAACAGGAAAAUCAUUCUAGGCGAAAUGUGUUUGAAAAACUACAACAAUACGCUUUCCCUCUUUCACACAAACUUCCUCUAUUUGCUUUUGAUUAUUCUGAAACAUUUCCUGAGAAUGGAUGGAAUGCACUUGAGCCUAUUGCUGAAUUUAAACGAAUGGGUGUCCCUAAUGACAUGUGGAAGAUCACGAAAAUUAAUGAACAUUAUGAGAUUUGUGAUAGUUAUCCAGCUGUGUGGGCUAUACCUGCUGCAGCCACGGACGAUGAUGUACGGGCAGUGGCCGCUUUUCGGUCACGAGCACGCAUUCCCGUUCUUUCAUGGAUUCACCCAGAAAGUCAAGCAACUAUUUGCCGUUGCUCUCAACCACUGGUUGGUGUUGGUGGUAAAAGAUGCAGAGAAGAUGAGCGAUACAUUCAGCUUAUAAUGGAUGCUAAUGCCCAGUCUCAUAAAUUGUAUAUAAUGGAUGCCAGACCAAGUGCCAAUGCUAUUGCCAACAAAGCCAAGGGAGGAGGAUAUGAAUCAGAAGAUGCCUACCAAAAUGCUGAACUGUUUUUCCUGGACAUACACAAUAUUCAUGUAAUGCGAGAAUCCCUCAGAAAACUGAAGGAACUCUGCUUCCCAAACAUUGAAGAAUCUCGUUGGCUGUCUGGUAUAGAGGGAACAUACUGGCUUAAGCACAUCAAGUAUGUGCUUACUGGUGCAUGCCGCAUUGCCAAUAGAGUAGAGACCCACAAAACAUCUGUACUUGUCCAUUGUUCUGAUGGGUGGGACCGCACUGCACAGCUCACUGCUCUUGCUAUGCUGCUUCUUGAUCCAUACUACCGAACAAUUAAAGGAUUUGAAGUGCUUAUAGAAAAGGAGUGGUUAAGUUUUGGUCAUAAAUUCCAACAGAGGAUAGGCCAUGGUGAUGAUCACCACUCUGAUGCAGACAGAUCUCCUGUCUUCUUGCAAUUUAUGGAUUGCGUAUGGCAGCUAACACAACUUUUCCCUAAUGCUUUUCAAUUUAAUGAAACCUUUUUAAUUACUAUUCUUGAUCAUCUCUAUUCUUGUCGUUUUGGCACCUUCCUCUACAACAGUGAUCGAGAGCGGGUACAAGAAAACGUCAAACAGCGUUCUGUGUCACUCUGGUCAUACAUAAAUAGCAGUAUUGACAACUACCGUAAUCCACUGUUCCUUCCUCACCAUGGUGUUUUGGAACCAGUUGCGAGUAUACGUCUCAUAUCAUUGUGGAAAGGCCUCUACUGUCGUUGGAACCCAGGAAUGCGUCCCCAAGAUCCUGUAUAUCAAAGAAUACGAGAGUUAUUGGUGCUCAAAGAGCAGCUUGAGAAGCAGGUGGAUGAGUGUAAGCAAGAACAGAAAGCCAGAGUCUCUCGAAACAUGCCAACCCCACCACGCUUGGCUUCCCCUGUCCGCAGCUAGAUGAUCAAAAUUAAUGGAAUGGAGUGACACUUAUGUGUAUUAUUUUUAAUUCAAGACAACUUUAGCACCAAAGAUAAGACCCCCUCAACUGGGUAUUGUUGAAGAUUUGAGAAUCAUAUAUUUUUGCAAGUUGUGAAACCUUGGAAACUAAUCUUUUCUAUUUUUGUGUUAUGUUGAUGGGCGAAUAAGGAGUUAUAUAUACAUGUUUAUAAUCUAGAACUUGCUCUUUGUAGAUUGUAAGCAAUAACCUGAUACGCUUGACUGCAUCUCUUGUAUAUUUUAUGUACUAUAGCCCAAAAAUUUUGUCUAUGUAAAGCACAUGCACAUAAAAAAAAAUAAACUGACAAACAAAAAUUUUA